CACAACGUAAGUGGCUUCCUGGUGAAUGCCAAACAAACCGAUUUCAAUUGCCUCAACGACUUCAAGCCGCUUAAAUGGCAAACGUGCGCUGUUUAUACAAGCUUAUUCGUCUGCAGAAGCUCCUGCUGCCGCUCAAUGCGACUAGCUCCCGUUUGGCUCCACUGCAGCCGAGACCAUUGACAUUUUUAAUAGCAAGGAGUUAUGGAAAGGAUGAGAAGAAAGCCAAUCUAGAAGACUUUAGAGCCCGCGAGGAGCAGCGCGAAAGGGAGCGGGAUGCGGCCGAUCAAGCUGCCGAAAAGGCAUCACAAAAAGAAGCAGGCGGAGGUGGUGGACUGGGUGCAAAAGGAUCAGAGUCUACAGGCCCAGAAGAUGACGCCAAGCAAGCCAAGGUGGAUGCCAUAAGGGCAAAGAUCCUGGACGCUGCAUUGCAGCAUGUGCCCCAGCAGGGCUGGACCCGCCAGGCCAUCAUUCUGGGUGCCGAGGAAAGUGGCUAUCCUAGCGUGGUGCACGGCAUGUUUCCCGAGGGUGGCUUCGCGCUGGUCUCCCACUUCAACGGCAAGUGCAACGCCCAGCUGGUGGAAAGCCUGCAGCAAAAGACAGAUGGUGGCAAGCAGGAGGUGGAGGAUCCUCUAGAUUUUCUGGUACAAGCAGUGCGCCAGCGUCUGGAGAUGGUUACUCCCUACAAGACGCAUUGGCCCCAGGCGAUGGCCCUAUUAGCCCAGCCCCAGCAUGCGCCCACAGCUCUGGCCCAGGUGCUCACCCUGGUGGAUGACAUCUGCUACUACUCCGGAGAUCGAUCUGUGGAUUUCGGUUGGUACACGAGACGUGUGGGUCUGGCGACCAUCAUGAAGAUGACCGAGUUGUACUUCCUGCAGGACAAGUCCCCAGGACAUGCGCAGACCUGGGAGUUCCUCAAGAGCCGCAUGGACGAGGCUGUGCAACUCCAAAUGAUGCUAUCCCAAACAGAGGGCAUGACGCACACGUUCCAACGCUCCUUUAACUCGGCGUUCAUCACGGCGCGUAAUAUUCUCGGUCUGGGCUACAAUCGUAACUAGCACGGAAGUGAAACCAUGUCGGGAUCCGAUGCCUUGAGUGCCACACGCAGUCCAAAGAUUAAUAAUUUUAGUGAGAACGGUUCUGCUAGCCCUUAAAGAUCUACACCUAUACUUACCUUAGAUCCAUAUGUAUAUAUGUGCAUAUAAGUACAUCCUAUUCAACACCCAAUGACAGUUUUAAGCUUAUUUGUAUUUUCGGGGAAGUUGAUUUUAAAUAUUUUGUUAGACAUAUUCUCGAUUUUUCUUACUUUGCUGAUAUUCGUAGCCCAAUACUGCAAAUAAAGGGGGAAAACGGGAAUGUGUCCAUAAUUUUUAAAGUUUGUUUCCUUAUUAGUGUUUCCUAUUAACGUUGCCAAUUUUCUGAAUAGUUGGCUCUGUCCAAUCGCUGACUAAUCAAGCGCAUGACCUUCGUGCCCUCAAACUUGCAGUUGAAACGCUUAAGUGAUUUUGCAUAGAUACAGCUCACGGAAAUUUAAGGUUUACUUAAGGCUUAGGUAAAUAUAAUAAAGGUUAAACAAGCUG